GGGUUCAAUAGCAUCUCAAGGCGCUUCAGAACUUAAAGUUGAACCAUGUCUGCUCAGGCUGAGGAAACUGCACCAGAAGCAGCAGCACCAGUACAACCAUCACAACCAGCGGCCAAAAAGAAGGGACCCGCCAGUAAAGCAAAGCCUGCCUCUGCAGAAAAAAAGAACAAAAAGAAGAAAGGGAAAGGGCCCGGAAAGUACAGCCAGCUGGUGAUCAAUGCUAUCCAAACGCUGGGAGAGAGAAACGGCUCGUCUCUUUUUAAGAUCUACAACGAGGCGAAGAAAGUGAACUGGUUUGACCAGCAGCACGGGCGCGUGUACCUCCGCUACUCCAUCCGCGCGCUGCUGCAGAACGACACGCUCGUGCAGGUGAAGGGUCUGGGCGCCAACGGCUCCUUCAAGCUCAACAAAAAGAAGUUCAUCCCCAGAACCAAGAAGAGCUCUGUAAAGCCGAGAAAGACUGCGAAACCGACCAAAAAGCCAGCCAAAAAAGCAGCGAAGAAGAAGAAAAGGGUCAGCGGCGUGAAGAAGGCGACUCCCCCCCCAGAGAAAACCUCCAAACCCAAGAAAGCGGAUAAAAGUCCAGCCGUCUCUGCCAAGAAGGCGAGCAAGCCCAAGAAAGCUAAACAGACAAAAAAGACUGCUAAGAAGACUUAAAACGUUUAUAUUCUGCAUGCUUUGUGCAUUAAGCAUUGCACUGCGGGUAAACUGCACGCUUUCUGAUCGCAGUUCAUUAAGUAGGAUAUGCACAGUGUUUAACCAAGUGUGCAAGUCACUCUGGUCUCAAUGUUUUACUGAUGUAACCACAUGUAAAUAACUGUACAAAGAAGGAAACAAUCACUUUUGUAACGUCUGCUUUGUUAUUAUUUCUUUUCUACUAGUUAGCUAAAAUAACUGCUUAUGGCUUCUUUUAAAAUAAAAUGAUAAAAGAAAAAA